GUUCCAAUUCUAAGUCUGUCUUGCAACUAAGCGCACCCACUACCGGCAUGGCGGAAGAGUUGUUGAGGGAGUUUGAGCAGGCGGCACAGUUUGUCUUGGCUCCUCCCACAGUUAUAAACAAUGAACAGAGACAUGCUGCUGAGAGUGUCUUUCUUAAUUUUCGCAAGUCAAAGCUACCAUACCAAACUUGCAAAUACAUCCUUGAGACCUGCAAGAAUGACUACGUGCUAUUCCAAGCAGCGUCUACUAUAAAGGAGAGUGUAGUUAGAGAGUGGACUGUUCUGGACAAUGGGGAUAUUGCCUCACUGAGAUCUUUUCUGCUGCAAUAUAUCACUGGACACACUCAUUUACAGAACUAUGUAAGAGAGCAAUGUGUCCUUGCUGUAGCAGUCAUAAUAAAAAGAGGAACUUUAGACCUGAAGGGUGGUGAUAGAAGCAGCCUUUUUAAUGAAGUCACUCAACUGAUCAGCAGUGGAGACUUGUCUAUGCAAUUGAUAGCCUGCAGUAUCCUGACUGCUCUGUUAAAUGAGUACUCCAGCACCAGUCGCUCCAGUAAUGUGGGUCUCACAUGGGAGUUCCACAGCAAGUGUAAAAAGGCAUUUGAGGUUCAUGAUUUGAAGCAGGUAUUUCUGUUCUGCCUACAAGUCCUCCAUGAAUGUGAACGGUGUGCUGAGCCACUGGGACGUGACACCACCGUCUUACUGAACAGGUUUCUGGCCAUCACGGAACAGGUCUUAAACUGGGAGUUCACACCCAAUAGACCUCGCCGCCAUAUUGGUUCAUUUCAAGGCACCCAGAGUGUGUCUUUUAAGCCCAGUGAACACUGGAGAGACACCAUAUUAGACAAGAACUUGAUCCAGUUUCUUUUCAAGGUCCAUUGCAAAGUGCGUCACAAUUCGGAGAUGGCCCACCAUAGCCUGCAGUGUCUGGCACAGCUGGCUUCACUCAAUGGCUCUGUGUUUGUGGAUGACAGCAGCUGCAGAGAAUACUUGACCCACUUUAUACAGGAGAUGUUAUCUACUUUUUCUGGGAAUGGCAUCCCUGACUUUGAGGCCCUGGGUCUGGCCACCAUGUUGAUGAACCUGUCCACCAUGUUUUCUGGCUCUGUGUUCGUCUCCAUUCCACAAGACACACUCGCCUUGUACUUCAGUUUCCUCGCCAAGGUGACCUGUGAUUUUGGCAGAGCGGCAGUGGCCCAGGAGGCUAUGCACAGAGACAGCACAAUGUACAUGGAAGCCUUUGAGAAGGCCCUUGAAUCCUGGAUGUUGUUCCUCUCCGAUUCCAGCCUCUUUCCCACAGAGAGGCUCCACUCCCAUGUGAUCCAGGUGUUCAACACGUAUCUCCAGUGUCACCUCAGCCCACCUGACGGAACAAGAAACCAGAGAGAAGAUGGAGGAACAGAUGAAGAUGAUGAGGAGAUAGAAGAGACGGAGGAAGAUGACAGGGAAAAGUUCCGCGAACAGUUGUGUAGCGUAGCAGCAUUUGGCAGGAGAGCUCCGCAGCAUACUGUGCAGCUUCUUGCCAAACUACUUGAGGAGAGGACUGGCCGACUGUUUGGCCAGUUACAGCGACUUCAUCAGCAGGGACUGUCAGCACCACACUCUGAUACUUCCAUUUUGAAUAAUUUAAAUGAAGACCUCCACUGGUUACUACUGAUCACUGCUCAUGUCCUCACAGAUGAGUCAAUAGGGGAGACUCCUCUGAUUCCGUCUGAGAUCAUGGACUUCUCCAUUGCCCAGUCGACAUCAGUGGACAUUCAGACCACGCUGCGGGUACUGGGGUCACCUGGCGACAAGUUUGAGGCUGUGCCAGGGAGCGAGGAUAAGUCCGACCAUGUUGUCAGGUUGAUAUCAGCAGUAUUUCGGUUGAGUGAAGUAGAGAAACGCGCCAUAAGUGCCAACCUGUGUGAUAUCCUCAGUCCUCAGGUGGGGCGAUCGCUGGUCUGGUUACUAAGGCGAUGGGUAGUGACAUACCUGCUACCCAAUGAAAACCAUUAUAAACAAAUACAUAAAGAUAUAGAUACUAGAGCUGUAGUGUAUAUGAAUAUAGAUACUAGAGUUGUAGUGUAUAUGAAUAUAGAUACUAGAGCUGUAGUGUAUAUGAAUAUAGAUACUAGAGCUGAAGUGUAUAUGCAUAUAGAUACUAAUGGUGUAGUGUAUAUGAAUAUAGAUACUAGAGCUGUAGNUGGGGUAGCAGAGGGCAGCAGGGUUGAUAAUCUUAGCACUCUCUUUGGGUUCCUGCAUCCAAUUCUGGUGGAGAGCAUCAAGAUUUUAGAAGUCUACAGUAACUAUGAGACGGUGGUUCAACUGGUUCUGGAGUUGUUUGGUAUUGUUGUAGACAAGCAGAUCUGUUAUCUAAGCGAGAGAGAAUCUCAGCAGUUGUAUGAGAGUUGUCUGUCCUGUAUCCAGACUUACUCCAAACUUAACAUGGGAAAAAGGUCAGUGGAAGCUGAUGCGGAGGAGGACAGGUUUACAGAUAUUUUACUGAUGAUGGAGUUACUGACCCACAUGUUGUCCAAAGACUUCAUAGACUUUGGUGUGGAAGAUAACAAUCCUCCUGAUCAACAUAUUAGUGCUGCUGAUGUUAUACUACAUGGUCUCAAUAUCCUGGUCCCUCUCAUGAGUGCCGAGUUACUCAAGUUCCCGUCUCUGUGUAGCCAGUAUUUUACCCUGAUCACAUUCAUAGCUGAGAUCUUCCCAGAGAAGAUAUGCGAGUUGCCGCAGCAGUUACAGGACAGUUUGUUGUCUUCUCUGGACCUGGGACUCUCCUCUUAUGGCACAGAGGCAACUCGUCAUUGUCUGGAAUUUCUGACAUCUUUAGCAAGCCACAUCUUUGAGAAGAACCUCUUGGGGACGAGGUUACAUGCAGCUUUAGCGCACUUUCUAGAGCUGUUGUUUCAACUUCUAUUCCUGGAUUCCUUUGACAUGGAUCUUCUAGAUGUAGCCAGUCAGACCCUCUUUACACUGAUGUGUUGUCACAAAGAGAAGUACCAUGCAUUAGUCCAGACUCUUCUUUCCAAGCAGACAGAUGCCUUAUAUCACACCAGACUGGUGGAAGCCUUUAACAAACUGACUCCUGCUACCUUACACUUAAACCUCCACAGACAGAGCAAAAUUGCUUUUAGACAGAACUUUGACAGAUUUCUUGUUGAUGUCAGAGGGAUAUUAUGUGUGAAAUAGUUCUAUUAAGGCCAGUUACCAAAUGGUACAUAACUGGGGCCUAUCCUACAGCAGAGGCUGUUUUAAUGUGGCAUACACUGGCUGUGGCUUGGUUCUUAGACAUAUUUAUUUGACAUUUUAGUCCACUCUCGUAAAUAAGGAUGAAACUGUGUUAGAGAUGAAUUGAUAACAAUGGUUAUGUUCAAAGAUUUUUAUGCAGAAGAAUUACUCUCCAAGGUUUACAGAUUCCUGUUUUUGAAAACAUUUGAUGCAAUCUCAUGAUCUUUUUUCUAUUGGUCAAGUACAGGAAGUACCGAACAACUAUGCCAGCAAUAUUAACACUUGGGAUAGUUUUCAUAAUUGUUUCUUAACUGUUUUCUUAACAAUUUCUUAAUUGUUUCUUAACUGUUCACAAAGAAAUCUUGUUUGUUUUCCCUCAAUUUUUCUUCCAAAAUAAAUAUGAGAAAGGACAAUAAAGUCAAAUUUUC